GUUCCUACACGAGAGGAGCUGUGUGUUUGCACAGACAGAUCUUGCUCUCUGCACAGGAACAACACACUGAACUUACAGGAAACAAACAAACUAAAGUAUCGAGCUUAUCACGCUAAUAUUGUUCGAUACCAAUACCAGCGUUGUAUCGAUAAUAUAGAUAUUUUGGAUCGAUCCGCCCACCACUAGUUGGCAGACGGGAUGUAAACAACAGGAUGUCACCACCGUGAACUCCCUCGGCAGGCAGGUCUGCUCCAGACAGCAGAGAGCUGCAGAGUGAUGGCAUAUAUGGAAACACAUUGAGUGGCAACUGAUUUGUAUCAACAUGGAAAGGAGCUCUCAGAAACGAGCCACCCCUGAACCUGACUCUGAACCUCAGCCCAGCGGCGUGUCUAUGAGGAGUGAUCGGUCAAAGAAAGACAUCAUUGACUUUAAAAGACAAGAACUCUCUGCUGUUAAGAAAGACGAUGUUUCCAGUUCUCAGUCUGGCCUGAAUCAUCAACCUGAACUGGACUCCAUAUUUAAGCGGCUGGAGGACAACAUUGUUACAUUUGUGAAGAAUGAGUUAAAGAAGGCACAGAAUGAACUGAAUCCAGAUUACGCAGAAGAGUCAGAGAGUCACUGUGAGGAUGAAGAGGUGUUGGACGAUGAGGAUGAGGAGCAAAGGAGGAGCAGCAGGGAGGCAUUUCGGAAGAUCAUAGUUAACUUCCUGUGGAAAAUGAAACAGGAGAAGCUGGCUGCUCUUCUGCUGAGCAAACACCCUGGUUCAGAUUGUGGAUAUAAACUUAAAUCUAACCUGAAGAAGAAGUUCCAGUGUGUGUUUGAGGGGAUCGCUAAACCAGGAAACCCGACCAUUCUGAAUCAGAUCUACACAGAGCUCUACAUCACAGAGGGAGAGACCGGAGAGGUCAAUGAUGAACAUGAGGUCAGACAGAUAGAAGAAAUUUCACGAAAAUCAGGAAGCACAGAAACAUCAAUCAGAUGUGAAGACAUCUUUAAAUCCACAGUGGGGAGAGAUAAACCAAUCAGAACAGUGCUGACGAAGGGAGUCGCUGGCAUCGGGAAAACAUUCCUAACACAGAAGUUCACUCUGGACUGGGCUGAAGAUAAAACCAACCAGGACAUCCAGUUCAUGUUUCCAUUCACUUUCAGAGAGCUGAAUCUGCUGAAGGAUAAAAAGUUCAGUUUGGUGGGACUUGUUCAUCAUUUCUUUAUUGAAACCAAAGAAGCAGGAAUCUGCAGCUUUGAAAAGUUCAAGGUUGUGUUCAUCUUUGAUGGUCUGGAUGAGUGUCGACUUCCUCUGGACUUCCACAACACUGAGAUCCUGACUGAUGUCACAGAGUCCACAUCAGUGGAUGUGCUGCUGAUAAACCUCAUCAGGGGGAAUCUGCUUCCUUCUGCUCACCUCUGGAUAACCACACGACCUGCAGCAGCCAAUCAGAUCCCUGCUGAGUGUGUAGACAUGGUUACAGAGGUCAGAGGGUUCAAUAACCCAAAGAAAGAGGAGUACUUCAGAAAGAAAUUCAAAGAUGAGGGACAGGCCAACAAAAUAAUUUCUCAAAUCAGGUCAUCUCGAAGCCUCCACAUCAUGUGUCACAUCCCAGUCUUCUGCUGGUGCAAUGAGCUACCUCAGGAAAUCCAUCAACUCCAUGAAAAGUAA